AGCUGUUCUCCGUCUCUUCUUAUCGAUCAGAUAGCAUUGCCGAUAGGUGCGAGAGCGACGUUUGCUGGGAUUGACGGAUUUAUGACUCCUACGCGAACCGUGACGUUUAUGAAACGGCAAAGAUGGUCACCGUACAAGAUAUCGGUUUACAACUUACGAAGCCCGCGAAGGAGCUGGCGAAAUGGCACUUCCCCCUCGCGCAGACUCUAGAGAAGUAUUGCUCCUUGUUCAACACGUCGUGCAACCAGAGCUUCAGCGAGGCCGGACUCGUCUUACAGAACUCCACGGCCGCCUAUGUACAUCGAGUAGAUUCUCUGUGGACCAAAGCCGACUACUCGAGAAAUGUACUAUCGACUCACGAGCAAGAAGAAGCGACAAAGAGUCCCACUAAGAAGAGAGAUAGAAAGACUGACGCAGACUUUCAUCAGUUCAAAACCGUUAACUUUGAGGAAGAAGUAGACAAGAAUAUCAAGAAGAAUCACGUGGCACACGAUUCUGUCAAAUCUAAAAGCCGCCGGUUUACACAAUUGGAGAAGGGUAUCACGGAACACGUCUCCAUCGACAUUUACGAUGUGAAUGGGGAAGUCGUCGGCAAGAAGUAUGAUUUUCGGUGCAAUCAGAAUAUAAACGCGGAUGGUAUACUGGUCGACGAGUUUGCGCCUCAAGACUUCUAUUGCGACGACGUCUCCGCCAAAGAAAAAUCUUCGCCCAAUUGUUCGUACGGACUUUCCGAUACAUCGGCAUUGAAUUCGACUGUACACGACAAUAAUGAAGAUGUUAACUCGGACGCCGAAUCCAAUGGGGACUGUGAUUCGCCGGAAGAAGAGAUUUCUCGUCUGGAUACGUCUUUGGAGGCGAGCCAACAAAGUAUCACUUUAUCCGGGGAUACUGAGGCUGACAGCAUGCUUGUCGAAACGCCAACAAAUAUUUCAAGUGAUAAUAGUUGCCACGUGACUCUCAAUACGUCGAGUGAGACGUGCCCAGAUACGCCCACCGAUACAAAUUCGCCGAUAAUAUCUAACAUCGACAGUACAGUCUUGAAUAACAAUGAUUCGGAAGAUCAGUGUCUGAACAACAUCAGGGAAAGCAUAGAUGUUGGCAGUCUAUUGGAUAGCCCGCCCGAGUCGGUAAAUUCGAAAGGAAGAAGAACUUCGUCGACAGAUGAUCCAGCGUUAUUAAACGACACAAACGGGGAUUGUGCAAAAGCGCUUACUAAAUCCGAACAAAAUACUCCUUUAAAUAACAGUAAAAGAAAUAAAAUGGAAAAAAAGCAGCAACGUUCUCCUUUAAAAUCCACAUCGAAAACGUUAAAGCGAAAGUUAGUUGCAUCUGAGGGCAACAGAGGACGACAAAGUAAAAGAAAGAGAAAUCUUCUGCGCAGCGUGGAGCAUUUGUAUUAUUCCGGAGAAGAUAGACCAAAUAUGUUCAAGGAAAACUUGCGUACUUGUAUGAAGUGUAUACGAGAAUACAACCCUUUGCAGUACAAAGACGUGACGAACGCAGAAUUGGAUUUUUUAGGAUUUAAAUUAAGCGAUGAUACCAAGUCAAAAGCGCAUAUCAACGAUGACGUAACGACGAGUAGCAAGGAUGACGUAACGACGAGUAGCAAGGAUAACUUAUCGACUUCGAUCGACGACGGCAUUUCUAAUUCUCGCAGUCCGAGUCCUGUGGACAUGUCGACACCGCGCGAAAGUUUCUGUGACGUUUGGUUUCAAUCGGACUCGCCGCAGUCCGUAUCGGAAAAUGUCGACAAAUGGCACGAAAUAAUACAGCCCAAGUUAUGCGACGCCGAGCGAAGGUCGACGUUUUGCAUUCGCGAUUACGCAUCGCGAAUUGUGGAGACUCUGAAGACUAGUGGUCAACGCAGAACCAGCUUCGACAGCAUCGUUCAACAGGAACAUCCUUGCGAGGUGGCCAGAUACUUUUUAGCGUCGCUGGACUUGGCCUCGAAGUAUAACGUAGACAUAAACACAAAUGGAGAUUCCAAGAACGAUAUAGAAAUCGUUCUACGUGAUGAGGAUAGGCAGUGCUCUACUAGCCAAGCGGACUCGGACGAUUAACGAGCAAACGCUCUAGUUUUAAUAAUAGUUGUACAUAGUGUACUGUACAUUACUGAAAAUUCAUUUACACUUUCACUCUUGGGAAGGUCCUGUACUGUGAUAUUACGCAGCUAAUUGUAAUUUUCAUAAAAGAAGAAAAUGUGUGCAUAUAUAUGUAUAUACAUGUGUGUGUAAAAAG